ACUGAGAUCAAAACUUUACUGGUUGUUGUAGUUGUUGAUAACACUAUUUACAAUACAACAGAUCCACAGAAAGACAAACAUGUAGCCCAUUUAAUGUUUAAAGUCAGUCUAAGCCAUGAAAUAAAGUCUUUUAAUCGUUUUUAUUGGUGCUGUGAAUACAUUGAGAGCCCCAAGUGAGGGCUGGAGAGAAAUCAUUUGCUGUCGAGCAGCUUCUUGCCUUCCAUCAAAAACACUGUUUGAAGGGGCUUUUUCGAGACAACCACGCGAUCAUACAACCUGUGAAGAAACGUGCACAGUCACACACACACACACUCUGCAACAUUUUUUUUUAAUUCACACAAAGCUCUGUGCGUUUCUAACAGCGCCCGCUGAAGAGACAGCUCCUCAACAAAAAAAGAGCGGAAUCCCGUGAACACGCCCUUAUUCCCACAAGACGUGAACGCCGCAUUAAUCACCCCUCACUCGUGGGCGUGGUCUCGCCUGAAGAGGGAGGAGUUGUUUGUGUGCGCGUGUGUGUGUUUGUGUGCGUGUUGUGUGCGUGUGUCUGUGUGUGUCCUCCCUGGCCGCAUGAGAUGAGCUGCCUGCAGUCUUUGCAGCCACUGUUUUCGCCUCCACCUCCUCCUCCUCCUCCACCACCACCUCCUCUCCUUGCCUCUGUCUAUCUGUCCAGUCCGGGAAUGUUGACCACCGUGGCCUGAUCCGCUGCUGCCGACUGUCCCUUCAUCUCCACUGCCACUCUCCGUGUUUGUCUCUGACGGCCGUAGUCCUCCUCCAACUGCUCCGGCUGUGAGGUUGCCGCUCUAUCCAUCACGCAGGCAAAAUUGUUAGCGUGAGCUGAGAAACGCAAAAAAAAAAAAAAAACAUGGCUGUGGCCGGAUGCCCGGAUUAUUUCCUGCAUCACCCAAAUUAUCAGCAGGACAAUAUAGACCGGUCCUCCAAUCACAGACAAGCUGACCUCAUUGGUCCAGCCUUCCAGCAAUCAGCCAAUCGGAGUUCUCCAAACCAUCAAGAGGAUGACGUUGAUCUUGAGGCCCUGGUGAAUGAUAUGAACUCCUCGCUGGAGAGCCUGUACUCCACCUGCAGUGGUCAGCAGACAGAGUCCACCCCACUGCUGCACAAUGGACAGGUCUCUUCCUCACACCAGCACCAUCACCACCAUCACACGCAACACAACCAGCCUCGGCAUGGUCAAAGCCACGUCUCACCAGAGCUGCCCUCCUCCUCGUCCGCGGUCUCACCUCAAAGUGGCCUCCGACGGUCACAACCCAUGCACAUCCUCGCUGUCAGGAGGCUGCAGGAAGCGGAGCAGCAGCUGAGGACAUCGUCUCUCCCAGCCAUCCCGAACCCUUUCCCCGAGCUCUGCAGUCCAGCCAGCUCUCCUGUCCUCAGCCCUGGCUCCCUACCUCCCGGAGAACCCUCUACUGGCAACUAUAUCGUGAAGAUCUUCAGUGAAGACGGCCUGGGUAAAGUGGUGGAGAUCCCAGCCGACAUGACAGCCAGAGACCUGUGCCAGCUCCUGGUUUAUAAAAGCCAUUGUGUGGAUGACAACAGUUGGGCACUUGUUGAACACCACCCGCUGCUAGGACUAGAGCGCUGUCUAGAGGACCAUGAGCUGGUGGUCCAUGUCCAGGCCUCCAUGAACAGCGACAGUAGAUUCCUCUUCAGGAAGAACUAUGCCAAAUAUGAAUUCUUCAGAAACCCUCUGACAUUUUUCCCGGAGCAGAUGGUUGCAUGGUGCCAGGAAACCAGUCGUACAAUUCCACCCUCUCAGCUCCUUCAGAACUUCCUGACAACCAGUAGCUGUCCGGAGAUCCAGGGGCAUCUGUAUGUGAAGGAGGUGGGCAGGAAGUCGUGGAAGAAAGUUUACAUGUUCCUGCGGCGCUCUGGACUCUACUGCUCCACGAAAGGAACUUCAAAGGAGCCCAGACAUCUACAGUUACUAGCAGACCUUGAAGACAGCAACAUCUUCACUGUCAUCACAGGCAAAAAGCAGCACGGUGCGCCCACAGACUACGAGUUCUGUAUCAAGCCCAAUAAAGGUCGAGGGGAGAUGAAGGAGUUGAGGAUGCUGUGUGCCGAGGACGAGCAAGGCAGGACUUGUUGGAUGACUGCCUUCAGACUCUUUAAGUAUGGGAUUGUAUUGUACCAGAAUUACAAGAUUCCCCAACAAAGAAAAACCUUACUUUCUCACUUCUCAGCACCUGUGCGGAGUGUGUCGGAGAACUCCCUCGUGGCAAUGGAUUUCUCAGGGAGGAUAGGCAGGGUGAUUGACAACCCUGUGGAAGCUCAAAGCGCUGCCAUGGAGGAGGGACAUGCGUGGCGGAAGAGGAGUCAACGAAUGAACAUAUUAGGCUCCCACAGUCCACUACACCACUCCUCACUAAGCUCAGUCAUCCACAUAGCUCAGUUGUGGUUUCAUGGCAGGAUAACGAGAGAAGAAUCCCACCGCAUCAUCCACCAGCAGGGACAAGUUGAUGGGUUGUUUCUGCUGAGAGUCAGUCAGAGUAACCCCAAGGCGUUUGUGCUCACAUUGUGCCAUCACCAGAAAAUCAAACAUUUCCAGAUACUACCGUGUGAAGAGGACGGCCAAGUCUUCUUCAGCCUUGAUGACGGCUCCACCAAAUUCACCGACCUGAUUCAGCUGGUGGAGUUCUACCAGCUCAACAGAGGAGUGCUGCCUUGUAAACUCAAACACCCGUGCACCGUCGUGGCCUUAUGACACCUUCGGAUCAUCUGACCCCAUGACCCCCAUCACUUGACCUUGACUCUGCCUAUAAACACAAAACAACCAGAACCUUGCGGUCGCUCGGUUCUUUGUGUUUUUACCUUUAUAAGAAGCUGGUGAAUUGACUGAUGUUUCUUCGUUGUCGUUUAUAUUGUCGUGAGUGACCGACUGCUGACUCGCGGGAUUCCUUUCGGUUUGCAUGGCUGUUUCAAGGAGUCGGAUGCACAACUUGCUCGCGAGGUUCCGCGGUCGAGGACAGAGAGGGUGGAGGAAACGAACACUGCCGUUUGUAUCAAUGCUGUUGCAGAAUCUUCCACAAUCUUGCUACCCAUAGUCAUCAAUAAGCUUGGACACAGUGACCUGAAGGGUGUAUAACACACCUCGAGUGUAGACUGGAUCUCCCUUCAGCUGGACAAUCAGCAGGACAAGUCAGUUCUCGUGGACCACUCUGAGAACAAACUCCAUCACACGUCCUCAAAGAAUAUUCUGUAGGUGGAGAGUUGAUUGUCUCUUAGUUUUGCACUCACCGAACUGGGAAUGGCCUUUGACGGUGCAUGACUUUCUCCGCUGUCGCAUUGCUAAUCUGUGAGAUGGUGCCAGCGCCCUCUAGCGUCGUAGGCAUGUAAGGACAUGUCAGAACUCAACAUGGAUGAGACUGGGAGGCACCCAGAAAGAGUGUUGCUUGUGAGUCCUUUGGGAGUUUGGAAAACGUCAGUGCAAACGUCAGAAAAAAUGGCUGAGGGCAAAUUUGGAACUGGUGAAACAAAGUAUUUUUUUAGUACAAAAUCUGCAUCGUCCACCUUCACAGAAAUUAAUUUUGCUCGUGUCUGACCACACAGGGUUUCCCUUGUUAAUGAUGCAUUCAGGUAUUGUCAUCAGUGUUGUCUUCAGUCCACCUUUUGCAUCCUGGAUAGUUGCAACACCAUUAUUCUAAUAAGCUACAAUAAGGCAAUUCUGUGCUUGUUAUUCUAUCGAAGUACUCACCAAGUAUUUCUCGUGCAACUGCCACAAAAAUGAAUCGGGAUGAAUCAAACCACGGUGUUAUUCAGGGUGAAACACUCAGUAAUAAAGCUAGAAGAUGUAACCAGGUUGACAGUUUUGGCUAUAGUGAUGUUGAAAAGUGAUACUAUUUAGGGGGAAAUAAGCAAGUGCAGCUGCAGCAUACAUGGGCUAAGGCAGGAUGAUACCUGUUGCAAAAAAACAAAACAAAACAAAAUGGAACAAUGGAGAGUUAGUCUAAUGGUCUUCUUAACACAACACAGGAGGGAUAACCACUAGCAUUUCCUUAAGGGGUUUUUCAAGUGACAGCAAAUCAAAGAAAACAAAAAGUGAUUCAUCGGAACGAGAUAAGCCCAGAGAUAUGGUGGAUCCUGAGGGGAAAUAAACAGUUUGUUCCACAAAUUACCUCCUUACUGUUGGAAGCCAGUCAGAUGCUGUCAAAUGCGGUUUUAAUGUGCUCUGCCUCCACAUGGAUAGUAGACUCUGUGCAUUACAUUCCAUACAACGCGGCCUUUUUUUUUUUUUUUUUCUUUUUUUUUUUUGCCUGGAAGUACUUGUGAACCAAUAGUGUCACACAUACACCUACUGCCUACUGUGCGCCACCUUUAUAAGAAUUAGGUUAUCUGCUGUUGCUACAGUGUAAUUAGAGAAGAAUAGCAUAAAAACAAAUGAUAGCUGAAUGUCCUUUACUUUUUUAGCCUGCUGUUGGAUAAAUUGAAAACACACUAAGAGGUGUGGCAGGGAUGUAAAACUGGAGAUCCCAUUUCAGAAUUCUGAGGACAUACAGCUCUAACUGAGUUAAUUUGAGGGCGCUCAAUACACUUACCCUUUGUCCCAGGCUGUGCAAUUGCAGCAAAAGUCAGUUGUUUUCCUAAUACCGGCCAUGGUCAGUCAAAUAAAGUCCUCCUUUUAAUUGUUUUUCCCCUUUGUGUUUCGGACAGGUCUACGAUUGAGCUCCUGUUAUAAACAUUUGUGAAAGAUUUCAGCGUGGCGUCUCCAGAUGACCCUGAAUAAAUUUCUUUUAACAUAGACAGGGAUACUUUUUUCAGCAUAUGCCUGGCAGAAAAUACACUGAUAACACAUAUAUGACAAAACAUAGCCACCCCAAAUUCAGUGGAAAAUGUUUAGAAGUAUUUCUGUUGACAUUUAUACCGUUCAGUUCAUAACCAUCCUCUCUGGAAUGCCUCAGCACAAACAGCUGUUUUCAUCAUUCUUCUGUUUUUUCGUGGCUACACCUGUAACAGUCCAAGUGUUGACAGUAGCUGAGGUCAGCACCAGUCAGCAGCAGGGGAUUAGAUAUCCAUUUGUACUCAUGUGUAAUGCAACGUGAACAGCCAUGAUUUACUUACCUGCAGGUUGUCUUAAAGUGUGUUGAACAUCAGAGAUGCAGAAUAACCGCACCACAUCGACUCUCUGUGCAUGGUCACCGUUAUUUAUCUAAGAUGCAAUGACUCAAUCUUUUUUUUUUUUUUUUUUAAGUAUUGUUGCAGCAAAAAAUUAUUUAUUUAUCUGGAUGUGACUGAUUACUUGAAAACUUUUAGAUUUCUUUUUUCUCUGCGCUGUUCUGUACUGUUUUCUUUUGUCAUUACCAUGAAAUGAUUGACCAGUUUGAUUUAUGGUUCUAAUUAUUAUUAUUAUUAUUAUUAUUAUUAUUAUUAUUGUAAUGACGUAGCGUCUAUUGAUGUAUUUUGUUUUCUCUUUUUUUGUUUCAUCUUGUCAUCAUCAACACAUGUUGUGAAGUGAUGUUCACAAAGCACACUGGCAUCCAUUAGUGUUAACGUUGUCAUUCCAAUAGAUGACAGGUGGAAUGUUGUAAAAUUGAAAACAAAAAAAACCCUGAGUUUCCCAAAGCAUUGGUCACUAAGUUCAUUUUAAAUGCUUUUGAAUACAAUUCUCAUCCCUCUCAGAUCUAUAAAAAUACCUUCUUUUAUAAAUUCUUCUCAUCGCUGUUUCAUGGUGUAAGACACUAGGAAAAAAAAGAUAUUAAUUCAAGUAAUAAAGCCACAAAUGUUUUGGGGAAAAGUGGGUUGAGUAAGCCUCAACGUUCUCAUAACCACUGUUUGAACACCUUGCCUUGAAAGAAUUGUAGGGGAAAAAAAGCCCCCACGUGUAAUUCAAACCACGCCAGAGCUUCAUUGUAAGAUUGGUCACAGCAUGGACCCCCUUUCAGCAGACAGUAGCCAGGUUUAGACAUGUGAAUGACCGGGGAUUUUGAGUGUAUGUGGAUUCUUGUCACUGAUAUUUGUCGGGUAGAUAUUUGGAAGAAUCUGGAUUAUGACAACACAGAAAUGCAUUUGUAGUUGCAGAAAGUCAUCUCAAGCUAUUGAGACAUCUCUGAAAUGUUGACUCUAGCUCUUCUAAGUCUUCUACUAGCUCCGAACUUUCCUGAAUGGUAGCAGAUGUCGACAGGUGAGGGACUGAUGGCCUUUAAGGUGGAGUUACUAUCGAUGAAAAACUGCUAUAUUCACAGGGUCUCGCUCUUCAUGCAAAGGCAGAAAGUAAAUUCAACUAGUGAACACAUGAAAAAGAAAAGUCAGGGGAGCUGGAUAGCCACGUUUUCACUCUUAACAGAAAUGAAUGUAACUGGGUUGCUCAGGGUUGACGUGGAGCAUGUUCAAAACUACUGGUCCAUCAGACGUCUCGGACUUCAAUGUACAAGAUGAUGAUGGAUUCAUAAAUAUUUUUUAGUUCCAUUGAGGUGGGGGUCGUUACAGCAGUGAUUUGUCCAUUGUAUGAACCACCAACCAACUUGAAAAGUAUACUUGCAGAAGACUUGAGUAGAUCCAGUACUGUUUAAAGAGUACAGCCAACAGUGUUGUUAAUGCUAUCGUUCAAGCUGUUUAUGAAAAAGCCUAAAAUCCUUGCCUGGCCACCGGAGCUGAUAUAAAAAACUGGUCACAGUUCAUGAAAAAAAAAACACCAUCCGCUCUACUAAAUUAGAAUCAAAUCUGUAUAAUUUAAUCAUAUUUCCUUGUGUCUCACAGUGUUAAUCAAACAGACACUCGUCACAGUGUCAGUUUUGGUAGCCAGGUAACGUGCAACAGCAGAUGGUGCCUCUUAUGACUCUUCCUCUGCAAAAAAAAAAACCCGGCCUGACGUGGACCAAAUCUCAGACAAAGCUAUUAUUUAGAGGGGGACCGUUGACACUCAACAACCUUUUCAAUUUGAAUAAGUACUCGAUGACGGCACUCCUAAUUAUUUUGGCGAGAGGUGAUGGAGAACAAACACUCUCGUUCUCAGUUUAAGUUUCAGUUUACUUUCGGGAAGUGAAUCGGCCCUGAUCCUGCAACGAUGGAUUAUUUGAUUAUCAUCUUGACUCUUGUGCAUCCUCAUAACACUGUCACAAUGCAAGAUACCGUGGCUGUACAAAUGAGUAAAGUAAAAAAAAUAUAUAUAUAUCUAUAUAUAAAAAUAUAAACUAUUAUGUAUUUCAGGGAAUGCAAAAAAGAAAACAGUAACUUAUCUCUUUUUUGUAAGAGAGAGCUCCUGUGUUCAAAAUGUGCUUUGCUUCAAUCUGUAAAUAGUUGAAUGGCUUAUAAAUCUUAAUUGUAACCUUUUCAGGUAUUUUUGUACAAAUAAGGGACUGAUAUAUUCUGUUUAUUGUAAUUAGAAUAAAACAUUAAUACAUUGAUAUAA